AUGGACCAAGUAAAUGACUCUGUGAUAGCUGAAUUUGUGUUACUGGGACUUGCUCAAUCCUUGGAAAUGCAGUUAUUCCUUUUCCUCUUUUUCUCUUUAUUUUAUGUGGGAAUUCUUCUAGGAAACUUCAUUAUUGUUUUCACAGUAAUUAUUGAUUCUCACUUAUACUCUCCCAUGUAUUUUUUUUUGGCCAAUUUAUCACUAAUUGACUUGGGUCUUUCAUCGACCACAGUUCCUAGAAUAAUCUAUGAUCUUUUCACUGCCCAUAAAGUCAUUUCCUUCCACAACUGUAUGACACAAAUUUUCUUUAUCCAUGUUACGGGUGGGGUUGAAAUGGUGCUACUCAUAGCAAUGGCAUAUGACAGGUAUGUAGCUAUCUGCAAGCCUCUGCACUAUCUAACUCUUAUGAAUUACAAAACAUGUGUGCUUUUGGUAAUUGCUGCCUGGGUCAUAGGGGUGAUUCAUGCUUUGUCUCAGUUUGUCUUUCUCAUAAAUUUACCUUUUUGUGGACCCAAUUAUGUAGGGAGUUUUUAUUGUGAUUUUCCUAGGAUUAUUAAGCUUGCAUGCAUGAAUACCUAUGGACUAGAAUUUGUAGUCACUGCCAACAGUGGCUUUAUAUCUAUGGGCACCUUGUUUUUCUUAAUUGUGUCAUACAUCUAUAUUCUAGUUACUGUUCGGCAAUAUUCUUCCAAAGAUUUAUCAAAAGCAUUUUUCACUUUGUCAGCUCAUAUCACUGUAGUGAUUUUGUUGUUUGCUCCAUGCAUAUUUCUCUAUGUGUGGCCUUUUCCUACUAAGUCACUGGAUAAGUUUUUUCCCAUUGUGGACUUUGUUGUUACUCCUGUCUUAAAUCCUGCCAUCUAUACAUUAAGGAAUAAAGAUAUGAAGUUGGCCCUGAGAAGGUUAAUCAUAAAAAGUAUGCAUUUCUGUCUAAAUUUCAUGCCUAAAUUACAAUUACUAACAAUGAUUACACUGAGUUUUGAUGUACUUUUUAUUUUGUACAAAUUUUUAUGA